ACAUAAGUUGUAAAAGGUUCUUGUAAUUCUGUCGCUUGGAAGGGCGUGUGAGGAAGUCCAGAGGCAUUGUGGCAUCCCACUUUCCGGCGAACGCCAAAACUCCAAUAAAGUGUGUAACCUUCAAGGUGGAGCUGUAUCCCGGCAGGUGCCAUGGACAGCAAGCACGUUGAGCAACAGCAGGGCACCGCUGCCCCUCCCCUUCGGCGGUCUCAGCGCUUUGCUAAGAGAAUAGAAAGCAGCAAACCGACUGCUGCGUCGCAAGACUGGCAGCACGAGCAGGCCCCUUCAUCGGUGCAGGAAUUCCUGCUUGCACCUCAGGGCAGUACCCUCGAGCCCGCUGCGGUCGGCGAGUUGGAAGGCUUCUCUGGCUCCAACCUGCAGUGUGGUCUGUGGUCCUUGCUUCCUGACGAGCUCAUCGACAACAUCCUAAGCCUGUGCACCACGCACCAGCUGGGGAUGCUCGAAACAACCUGUACCUACUUCCGCCACUCCAGCUUUAUCGACCGAAUCGUCAAGCAGCGCCUCAAGUCUGUUCCCAGAGCCCGGGGCCUGAAGCCCAGCCGCAAGGAGGGCGAGCGUACUCUUUCACUCCUCCAUUUCGUCAACAGCCAGAGCGUCGCUGCUGCCCAGGCAACGGCCGUGUCGUGCGGUGCGUACCAUACCGCAGCAUUGCUGGUUCCGGCAGAGGUUGCCGAUGACCCUCGCGCGAGCGCAAGCCGGGACUGCAAGCAUUCGUUAUAUACGUUCGGUCGAGGUUUCCAUGGACAACUCGGUGUCGGUAGCCACGAGAACAGCUCAGUACCAAGGCUGGCAUCGCUUGGCUUCCGGGCUUGCUCGGACAAUCCGGACAUGGAGGAGGAGACCAUGCCGGCCGUUGUCGCAUGCGGCAGCAGCCACACAGCCUCAAUCAGCCGUCGUGGGGAGCUCUUCAUGUGGGGCCUGGGUAGCAACGGCGAGCUUGGCCUCGGGCAGUGGUCCCCCCUCGAGGUGGCAAUGCCACGUCAGUGCUUUGUGCAGACGCGAAUUGUUUCCAUCGCCGCGGGUGCCCACCACACCCUUGCGAUUGCCGAGACCGGGGCUCUGUGGAGCUGCGGACGCGGAAGGAGCGGCCAGCUUGGUCUCGGGGAGCAACAGGAGCACCUGGUGGACAACCCGCGCCUCACCCGCAUUCCCUCGCUCGAGGGAGUGCGCAUAGUUUCCGCCAGCGCUGGCGUGGCGCACUCGAUGGCCCUAGCUGCUGACGGCUCACUGUUCACGUGGGGCGACGGUAGCUAUGGCCAGCUAGGGCACAAGCAUAUUCCGCCGGCAGCUACGACCGUGCUCAAGCCUCGCAAGAUUGCUGAGCUGGACCCGGCGCCCUUAUCUCCCGACGCCAGGGUAACCGCUAUUGCCGCUGGUGCUUACCACUCCAUGGCACUUACAGUGGGCGGUACGCUUCUCGCGUUCGGCCGCAACGACCAAGGCGCCCUGGGUACUGGAGACAAGGUUGACCGCUGGGUGCCGUCGCGCAUCAACCUCAACGGCGAGGACCCCGAAGAUGGGAAGAGCCGGCGCGCGGUUCAAGUUUCGUGUGGUGCCGCGCACACUUUGGUCCUAGUGCUUAACAACGGCCGCAUGGAGGUUCGCACGACAGGAGCAAACACGUGGGGCCAGCUCGGCCAGGGCGACCGCAAGGAGCGCUACUAUUUCGCGCGCACAGUGGUGCAGAUGCCGGGCGUGGUGGCGGUGCAGUGCGGCGACGAGCACUCCGCUGCCAUCACAAACCGCGGCGUCCUCUACGUAUGGGGCCGUGGUGACAGUGGGCAGCUAGGGCUUGGCGACGAGAAGGCCAAGUGGAAGCCGACCGCGUUGCGCGCUUUUAAGGUGGUACACCCUGAGAAGACGCUGCGGCGCAGCAAGCGCAGUUUGCCUGUGCUGCGCCCCGUUGAGCCUGAAGUGAAGCGCCAGCGCAUGGCGGAUGCAUGGCAUUACAUGUGAGGGAUGAGGGCGCUGCAUUGUUGCGUAGGUAGUGCCCUUAGUGCUUUAGCAUUCGUGAGGUGGCUUGAGACAUAAGCUACAAGCAAACGUACCUGCAUGUCGCCUGCCUUGGCGGUGGCGGCUGUUUCUGUUUCAAGGGAAGCACCCCUGUAGGCACAGUGGUUGUGGUACUGAACGUUUCUCAUGUAUAUUUCUGACCAAAUACCGUGAUCCUUCCUCGACCCAAGACGUUGCCAGUGGGACCAUUCCAAUUUUAUUAUGGAGAGGGGUUGUUGCAUCCAAUGUCAUGUGUUUAGACGGCAGAGUGCGCAUGGCGGUGAAGGCCAUGCCUGCUAACUACAGUGAGAAUAGCUCUCGGCAAACUCCUGGUGCAGUGCGGAUGGUUUGCUUCGUGUCAGUUUUCCGUGUAGGUUAGGAUAAGGUGCGCUAGAAAGGUUUUGUACUGGGCUUCGGCAUAUUAUACUGAACACUUACGCGGGUGCCGCUGCCAGUGCAAUUAGGAACAUGCUGUGUGAGGAAAGGUUGUCGCUUGAAGAGGCCUCUGCCAUCGCCCUAAUGCUUCGGUGGGCGCUGAGUUAAC